CGUAUACCAUCUACGUGCGACAACGAGAUCGCCGAAUUAAGGCAAAUGAUUGCAUUAUUAACAAAACAAAUCGACAUACAAUGCUCUGCCCCCGACUCCACCUGCCGACAUCGACAACAUAGCCGGGGACACACAGCAUCACAGCACCGACGUCAGCAACAUCGCAUUAAAAUUCAAAAACGGAAACCACAACCUGCUCCAGCACCAGCCAAGCCAGCAAUCUGCUGGUACCACGCCAAGUACCAAGACAAGGCGGUGAAGUGCGCCCAGCCGUGCACCUACCAGCCCGCCAGCACCACGACGAUGGCAACAGACGGUUGCCCACCUACCGGCCGCCUUUUUGUGACCGACCGCCGCAACAACACCCGCUUCCUGGUGGAUACCGGAAGCGACGUCUGCGUGUACCCACGUGCAACGCUUCGUGAGCGCCGGCAAAAAGCUAAUUUUGUGCUCAGUGCGGCUAACGGUAGUGACAUCGAAACCUACGGCUUUAUCGACCUGUGUCUAGACUUAGAUUUAAGACGUAAUUACCAGUGGCGUUUUACCGUGGCUAAUGUUACAAAGCCAAUAAUUGGUGUAGACUUCCUCAGUCAUUAUAAUUUAGUUGUAGAUUGUAAGAACCACCGGUUGAUCGACAAUACAACCACUUUAUCAUGUAUAGCUUCUUCUGCAAAUAAUGAUGUGUGUUCUGUUAAAAUAUUAACUGGUUCCUCUUGUUUCCAUGCUAUUUUAGAUAUGUAUCCUGAGAUUACACGACCAUCAGGCACACACUAUACACCUAAACACAAUACGGUACACCACAUCAGGACCACUCCAGGACCACCUAUUUCCUGUACCCCUCGUAGGUUAGCACCUGACAAGAUGAAGAUUGCCAAGCAGCAGUUCGAGCUCAUGUUGAGCAACGGCACAGCUCGUCCUUCGGAAAGCUCAUGGUCUUCGCCCCUUCACCUAGCGCCCAAGAAGGACAACAGUUGGCGCCCAUGCGGAGACUACCGCAUGCUGAACGCACGCACGAUACCC